AUGCCGAAACCCUCGAAAAAGAGGCGAUUUCGUGGCCAAAGAUGGGAUAGUUCUGUACCUGUUUCAAAUUCAAGCAACAGCAAUCUUUCAUCUCCAUGUGCGUCUACACCAGCGAUUGAAACAGCUUCAAUGCGAAAGAUUACCAGUCAAAAUACUGAAAGAAGCGAAGAUGUCGAUGGUGCAUACAGCUAUAGACUGAUCGAAUUGUCAAAUUUAGUAAGUGCUUUUCAGCCUUUACACGAAUGUGAAUUUGGAGGAGAGUUGAAAGUUGGUGAUGACGAGGCUCGUAGGUAUGGAAAUAGCUCGGUUAUCAACAUAGAAUGCUCUAAAUGCGAAGUCAAGAUUGAGCGUCAAACGUCUGGAAACAAGAGCCAGGCAUGGAAACCUCAAAAUGCCAUGCACACUAAUAGGCGAAUGGUUUACUCCUCAAUGGAAAUGGGAGUAGGAAGAGAGGGAAUGUCUGUGUUGUGCGACGUUUUCAAUAUGCCUCCUCCUUGCCAUCAUAAAGCUUGAGACAACCAUGUGGCUGCACUGUAUGAGGCACACAAACAAGCUGUUGCAGAACAGUUACAGAAGGCAAGAGAUAAAGUUUUUGCACGCCAUAGUUCUGACGAAACAGAUGUUGCAGAGAUCGCAGUUAGUUAUGAUGGCACAUGGUCGAAACGGGGAUAUACAGCAAAUUUCGGGGUUGGUUUUGUUAUCUCUGUUGAGACCGGUGAGGUACUUGACUUUGAUUUUGAGUCGAAGUUGUGCAAAGAGUGCGAAACUACAAAAAGAGACCUGGGUGAAGAUUCAUGUGAGUUUGACAUCUGGUAUGGUGGUCAUAAAGAUCAGUGCACUCAAACUCACACUGGUUCGAGUGGAUCUAUGGAGUGCUCAAUAGCCAAAAAGAUAUGGGACAGGUCUAAGGACAGAAAUUUACAAUACAAAUUUAUGACCUGUGAUGGGGAUAGCAAAGCAUAUGGAAGUAUCUGA